ACAGGAAAAAGCCAACUUUUUUCACUCAAGUUUUCGCUGGCUCCUCUCAGGAGGAUAUGAAGAGUCACUUAUUUUAUGACAUAAUCAUCGAGUAAAGUUCAUUUAUAAGUGAGCUGUCAUCGUCCGCUGCAUCAGCUGAGGCUCGACUUUCCAACUUCUCCAGACGUCCUAACACUUCUCCACAGUCCUGGAAGAGCUUCAAUCAUGGCCACAAACGUCCAAGAAAACAUAUAUGAACAAAUCGAAGAGACGAACGAAAACAUAUAUGACAGACCGUAUGAGAACGUGAACAGCAACCCAGAGCCGAAAUAUGAGAAUCAAGACACGAGUAAGGAAAUUCCAGAGGAACCGCUGUACAGCACGGUCAAUCAACCGUCUCCAGACUACAUGAAUACGAGAGGAACAUCUCAAGAGGAAGAAGAACAGCCGUCACCCUCCAGUGAACCAGGAGAGCAGCUCGAAAGCGAGAUCACGGUGGCCUCUCUGACGAAUGGAGAUGUUUACGGAUCUUCAUCUUUUGAGGAACCUGGAGACCCUUAUGAUGACCAGCCCUCACUGGACCACGAUGACCUGCUCAUGGCUUACAGUCUCCCAGAAGACGGAUCUCCAGAACCGGAGGAGGUGGUUGACUACAGCCUGAAGGACGUGGAGAACAGCACCGUGGAAGAGACAGCUGCAGCUCCCGACCCGAAUCAGCCUAAUAUUGCGCUUUUUGUCAAGGCUGGCUGUGAUGGCGAAAGCAUCGGCAACUGUCCCUUCUCCCAACGCCUCUUCAUGAUCCUCUGGCUCAAAGGUGUGGUGUUUAACGUCACCACUGUUGACCUGAAGAGGAAGCCGGCUGAUUUGCACAAUUUGGCUCCAGGAACUCACCCUCCUUUCCUGACCUUCAACGGUGAGGUGAAGACAGACAUUAAUAAGAUUGAGGAGUUUCUGGAGGAGGUUUUGGCACCACCACAGUACCCUAAACUUGCAGCCAGGCACAGGGAGUCAAACACAGCUGGGAAUGACAUAUUUGCAAAGUUCUCAGCUUUCAUUAAAAACACUAAGCCAGCUGCGAAUGAAGCUCUUCAGAAGGGUUUAACAAAGGCCCUCAAGAAGCUGGACGAUUACCUGAACAGUCCCUUGCCUGAUGAGGUAGAUGCCGACAGCAUGGAGGAGGAGAAGGCCUCCAACCGCAAGUUCCUGGAUGGGAAUGAGCUGACUCUGGCAGACUGCAACCUGCUGCCAAAGCUCCACAUAGUGAAGGUUGUUGGCAAGAAAUAUAGGAACUAUGACAUUCCCAACGAUUUUACAGGCGUGUGGCGUUAUCUGAACAAUGCUUAUGAGCAAGAAGAGUUCACCAACACCUGUGCCGCAGACAAUGAGAUCGAAUUAGCAUAUAAGGAUGUGGCUAAGAGGCUAACUAAGUAAACUAAUUUGACAAAAAAAAAAGACUUGGGGUAGAUCUUUUCUUGGGGAAGAGAUCAUGUUUUCCAUGUAAUUCAAAGCUGUUGAUCUCAAACUACAAGUUAGUAGUUUCAUUCAUUCUGGGUCCUGAUAAUCAAUCACAAAUUCACUAAAGACUGGUGCUCUGUUAUGAAACACCACAUUUGCCUGUCUGCAAGUACCGUGAGUCAAAUGUGAAUCCAAAACUUCAGCAAUCCUCACUCAUCUGUUGCUCAUAUAAACACUGUCCCAAGCGACUUUAUUAUUGUAUCUCUAUUUAAAGAGAUUUCACAGAGAUUACUGUUUUCUAUAGUUCUUCCUGUUUUAUACUAUUUAUCAUCUUAUGCACUGUUUCUUGAGACAUGGAAUAAAAUGUCACAAAACUUAAUAAUUCACUGCAUAAGAGUGAAUUAAAGAUUUGUGUCACUAAAACAUUUACUAGAACACAUUAUCAGUUUUUUAUGAUUAAAAUGAAAUGAUACUGUUCAUACAGUAAGACAUUAUGAUUCACAACCUCUGAAACCACCUUCCCUCAGCCUGAAACUUAGGCUAAUUCUUCAUAAAGAUUUAAAUAUACAAGUAUAUUCAACUAAAAAAAAAAUCUGAAAAAUAAAUAUGUAAUUCAAAUUAUAUUUUUAAGCAUGCGUUACAAAAUAUUUUAAUUACUUUAAAUUGUGAGGCUGGUAAAUGAGUAAAUGUUUUUUAAUUAAGUCUCAUGCUGACCAAAGUGUUUAAUAAAAAAUACAGUAAAAACAGUAAUAUUGUGAUUUCUUUUAUACAAUAUCUUUUAAAAACCCAGACAAACCCCAAACUUUAGAAACGUAGCGUAAACUUUUAACUUUUUUUUUUUUGUUUAAGCUAUUUUGUCCCAGUACUCAAGAAUUGGUGCAUAACAUAACCUCUCUGAUUGUUUUCUAUUAGUCAAAAAUGACAGCUGAAAAAAGAGAUUGUUCAGGUAUUUCAAAUCUGUAAGAAUUAUUCACACACGUCUCCUAUGGUUUAACAAUGUCUGUCAAUAUUGCUUUCCAUUAUGUUUUCAUUAUUAUUUGUGUAUAACACAUGAAAAAAUCUGAUGUGAACAGUAGGAUAAACUUAAAGCAAAAAGGUACAUCCUGGGCAGCUUCAAAACCAAUCAUAUAUCAUUUAUGGAUUUGUACGUUUCAUGCUAUUUUAUUCGAUUUUUUUCUGAAGGAGCACUACAUUUUUUUAUUUUAUGUUUAUUUUUUAUUUUUUUUUAGGUGCAAUGAUUUAAUGAGGUGCUAAUUUAAUAUGUGCCUUCAUUAAAAGAAAUGCAGUGUGGCAAAUACAGCUUAUGCUCAUGCUGUUAAUGAUUACUACAUAACUAUCCUGCUCUUUUAAAGCCACUAGCAGAGUUUACGAAAAAGGUUUAUAGAAAAUUCCUCAUUGCCUCAUCAUGUAAUUUCCUUGUAAAGUACAAGUUGUUCAGACGUUCCUCUGUUAUUCCUCACAACUCAUAAUUUUGUUUUAAAAUUUUGUUUGGGCUUAUCUGAAAGUGUUUAACAUCAAUCAGCCCUGAGUAUAUCACACUUAAAUAUUUAUUCACAACCCUGUUCAUGGGAAAUUAACAAGUUGAGAUGGAAAGGAGAUUCAAAACACACAGCGGUCCACCGAAAUGGAGAAUAAGGAAAUCUGAUCGGGCGUUCAUCCAUGUCUCCUCCUCUCCACUUAGCGCUGCUGGAAUAUCAUUGGGCCCAUGAUAGCUCCUUGUGGAGCUCCUGCUCUUGUGUGGUUUGGACAAGCGUUUGAUAUGAAAUGAGAAUGUGGCGCCAGAGAGGCCUAUUCCAAGUAAAGCUUUAUGAAUAAAAUAAUAUUUUCACAGUU